AUGAAACUAUUGCAAAAAAUAGCAUGGAUUGUGACAGCUCUUGGCGCUGUUUUGAACCUAUACAUUUACACGUAUCCUUCAUUAGAUUCGACGCAAUGCUACUGGUCCCAUGAGUAUCGGGAUUUGACGACAUUAGGUGCUUGGGAAAAAGCAAUAGUUGAGAUACCAUAUUUUGGAGAUCUGUAUAAGCAAUAUUUUUUGCCAGACCAUGCCAAAAAUGUGGAUAUGCAACCUCGAGAUAUCCGGAUAAUGGCUGUCGGUGAUCCUCAACUUAAUGGUAAUUGGCCGAACACUUCUUACAUGAAGAGGCUAGACAAUUUUGGUAAUGAUUAUUAUCUAAGGCACGUUUACGAAACAAUGAAAAAAAGGUUAGAUCCCUCUUUUGUUGCUAUGAUGGGCGAUUUGGUCUCUUCACAAUGGACCGCUGAUUCGGAGUUUUUCAACAGGACGAGAAGAAUUGUUUCACGUUCGUUCCCUCGUCCAGAAGAGCAGUGCUCGGCUGAACUUAAUAUUAUAAGUAAACAUGAGGAUAUUGACUGGUGGACUUAUCUGCAAAAUUUUGAAGAUAAUCUCAAAAACGAUGUCUUUAAACAAAGGGAAUUUUACGAGUUCAAGGACGUUUAUGACUGGUAUAACGGUACUUUCAUCGACCCUUCAACAGGUUCAAACACAGAGCCUUUAUUCCUGAAUGUGACUGGUAAUCAUGACAUAGGUUAUGGCGAUACAACUUACCAGCAUAUGGCUAGGUGGAAAGCAUUAUUUGGAAAGGUGAAUUACUGGAUCGAGUAUGACACCGAUACUGACCAUCCUUGGAGGAUUGUCAUGCUAAAUUCAUUGGCUCUUGAUGGUCCAAUGCUUGAACCUGAACUCAAGACUUACACGUGGCAGUUUCUUGAGGCAUUAGAAAGCACCCAUUACAAGGGAUCCACCAUUUUGCUCACACAUGUUCCAAUGUACAAGAGAGCUGGAUUGUGUAAGGAUGGUCCAAAUUUCGAAUAUUACACUGCUAGUGGUUGCCAUGGAUGUUCUCCAAGUAGAGUUGGCCUUUUGAAAAGUCAGAACCAUUUGUCUCAAGAAACUUCGAGGAGGGUUCUUGAUAUCGUUUUUGGUGAGGGUGCUGGUGGUAUUAUCCUUACUGGUCAUGAUCAUUACGGAUGUGACAAUUAUUACAGUUUUGUGGACGAAGAAAAAGGUUGGGUAGCAGAGAAAAACAUCACAAGUGAUAAGUGGAUUCGUGAAGUGACUGUUAGAUCAAUCAUGGGCGAUUUUGACGGCACCAUGGGUAUAAUGACAGGUCAUUUUAACCAAAACCAAAAGAAAUGGGAAUUUGAUUAUACCCAGUGUAAAUUUAUAGUGCAGCAUGUGUGGUGGGCAGCUCGUAUCAUGGCAUUACUAGCUGCCUUGCUACAGUCUCUUACUUUCUUAUUUUAA